AUGUUUUGUAAUGACACACGUGCUCCAAGCUCCGAAUACUUCGUUGAAGAACAGCUGCAUAUGCAAUUGACAUCAUAUGCCCCUGAUAGACUUGAUUCUUAUGGACCUGAGGUAAAUCUUAAUUUGGACAUUGGCCAUCCGACAGUAUUGACACCGUUAUCGAUGUUCCUGUCGCAGUUGAAAGCAUCAAGGUAA